AUGAGGAGUUUCGUUUCGGUUCUCUUUUUGUUUGCAGCGUACAUUUUGCUGGUUACAGCCAGACACAGAAAACACGUUCCUCAGCGGCCCAAUAUUUUGUUCCUGCUGGCGGACGACCUCGGCUGGGGAGACGUCGAAUACAACGGAGGCCGGGCGGACACCCCGCACCUGAAUGCAUUGGCCCACGGAGCCAACAGUAUCCAGUUCACGAGGUUCUACAGUGGUGCUCCGGUCUGCUCUCCGACCAGAGGAACCGUGCUGACUGGCAGGAACCACAACCGUUACUGCAUAUGGAAAGCCAACACCCACAGCAAGGACUGCAACUGGACGAAAGAUUUCCAGUGCCCUGCAAAGAUGCCUCUCCCUCCGUCGGAGGUAACAGUUGCAGAGGUGUUGCAGACUGCAGGUUAUCGCACUGGUGUAUUUGGAAAGUGGCACCUUGGAGACCUCAAACACGUCGAGAACGGCCACUCUCGCUGGUCCCCUUCCCACCCAGGCAUGCACGGAUUCGACGUCUGGAAAGUCACAGAGCGAGCUGUCCCAACUGUAAACCCCAACUGUGCCUGCUUCGACCCUGAGACCUGCAGGAUCGGUCGCUACAGGAAAUCUGCGCUCCCGGCAUGCUCAAACUACUACAGCAAUAAUGUCAGUUCUCUUCCAACACCAUGUCCGCCUCACACAAACAGCCGAACUGUCCCUAGCCCUCCCUGCCCCAUAGUACCUCACCCAAACGCUAUCCUAGGAGACGACUCGCAUUUCAUUGUCCGCGAACUAAAGUCUUUCAUCAACGACAGCAUCGCUAGUUCACACCCUUUCUUUGCAUAUGUGCCUUUUCAUGCGCCCCACAAUCGCUACAUAGCUGAUACAGCAUAUGCAAUGAAGUAUGCAGAGAAAGGCUUGAAAGGAAAAGAGAGAGACUAUUACGGUUCAAUUGAAGCCCUCGAUGACUCGGUCGGGGAAAUCCUCGCCCAUCUGGACGCUGUUGGCAUCAGAGAUACCACGAUGGUCUGGUUCACCAGCGACAACGGUCCCGCUGCCGGGAGUCCCGGUAGCACCAACGGUCUGGAGGGAGAGAAAGGUACCCUGUACGAAGGAGGGAUCAGGGUCCCAGGGAUCCUCCAGUGGCCUGCCAUCAUCGAAGAGAACAUGGUAUCGGAUUACCAAGUCAGCACCAAUGACUUCCUCCCUACUAUCGUGGAUAUCACCAACACACGGUUGCCAGAUUCCCGCAUACUGGAUGGCUCUUCAAUACUACCCUUUCUUCUCGGGGUUAGAACAGAGCGAUUGUCGGCCAUGCACUGGGCAUUCAAGAUAAACGGCGACUUCUCCAGAAAAUACACUGCAGUCUCGAUCGAGGGAGACUUAAAGCUGCAUGCAACUUCAAGAACAGUGCGAUCACAAGAAGCAGUCUGUACAACAUUACUCAGGACGAAGUGACAGACAUCUCAGACCUUCACCCUCGGGAACACAAGAAGAUGAUGCGAGCCCUAUCUGCCUGGACUAGAACACUAGCCACCAGUGCCACCGAGGAAGUGGGCUGUCUUCUGUCAGAGAACCAAUGACAGUGAAGAGCAGCAAUCCUGACUGUGUGUAUAUACUGCCGUCCUCCUAUCAUACCAUUUCAUCCAGCACUUCUCAUACCAGCACUUCUCCUGUCUUCCUGUGUGUUACUCACUCUUGCACGCGAAUAUUUUUCUAUGUAAAACACUGGCAUAUUCAUCAGGUCUCUCAACUACAAAAGAACAAAGGCCGUGUCUAUUGUUAAGAAAGUCAACUAAUCAAAUUAGAUUGUCCCUGAUAUGGUAAUGGCAUCCUCUGAUUGCA